GAUUAAGUUUUUAUGUUAACUGUUCAGUCAAUUUGUUGUUUAGAAAUUAGAUGUUUUGAAAGUUUCAUUGGAAAAGCCAUUGUUUGAUGAUUCUGACUCAAAAAUUGAAUAUCAAUAUCAUUCCACUGUUGAUAAUAUUACUCAAUCAAGUUUUACAAAAUGUGAUCUUAUUUUUAAAAAAGAAAACGAGUUAGUGUGUUUAUCACCAAACAAAGAAACAGAGUUUAAUGCUGUACUUUCUAGUUUAAUUACAACUCCUAUAAUUGAAAGAUGUGCUUCUUGGGAAGAACUAAAAACUUUUUCAGAAGCUUUCAAUAGUGAUGUUCCUAAAGAAGACCUAAAUUCAACAUGUGAUGAUUUUGGUAAAAUUACAAAAAAGUGUUUGAAUCUAAUUAAAACAUGUGGCAAAAUUGAGGUUGAUACCUCAAAACCAGAAACCAACAAGUACACAAAACCAGCAUGGCUUUGUUUAUUUUGCAAAGUUCCUCAGACUCGGUUAAAACGUCAUAUUCUUUUAAAGCAUGGUACUGAAAUUUCGGUAUUGCCUCUUUUAAAUAUAAACUCUGAAGGUCAGAAUCGUUAUAUAGAAAUAUUUCGGAAGGAAGCAAUUAAAAAUCACAAUGUUUCACUAGUGGAAUCGUGUCAAACAUGUUUUAUUAGAGAAAGAAAGUCUAAAAUACAAAAUGAUGAACUCCCUCUUAUGUGUCUUGGGUGUUAAAUUUUUAUUCAAGAAAGUAUAAAGCUCGUCACCAACUUGUUUGCCAAGGUACAAAUACCAAUCUAAUAAUACCUUUUCUAUAGCAAGUGAAGAUUAUGAAAAUUAUUCAAAUGAUUUUGUCAACCUUCUAAACACAUUACAACUGGAUGAUAUUGGAAAUUAUAUUAAAACUGACAAAAUCAUUUUAAUGAUUGGUUCUAGAUCUUAUAGCGCUCUUAAAAGAAAGAAAGAUAAAUAAAGAAAAGACUAAAAGAUUGGUUCGUUCACGAAUGCGGUUAACUGCAAGAUUAUACUUAUCUUUUAAAAGUAUCUAUAACAAUCAGAAAGCUAUUAAACUAGAUAAUAUCUUAAAUAAUGCAGCUGACAUGCACUGUCGAGAAGUAAUCACCAUACUUGGAGACGCUAUUAAUUCUUUAUCAUAAAAAUCAAAUGAAGAUUUCAACCAUCUUUUAUUAAGUGCACAAAAAAGUGGCCUAAAAAUCAGUAUACUUAAUUUUUUAAAGUUAACAGCAAAAUUUUUGCUUUUGUUACUUUUUGGUCAAAAAUGAUGAUUUGAAAUCUCAGAGAGUAGUUGACUUUUUAAAGGUUUUAAAGCUUUAUGAGGAUUUAUUUGGUAAUCUUUAUUUUAAUCUAAAUUAUCGUAAGAAUAUUGAUUUGCGGAAUCAAAUUAGUCUCCCAAAUGAAACAGAUGUUCAACUGCUUAUUGAGGAAUGUAACAAAAUUAUGAAUUCUAUUGCUGAUUUUCAACAUCCACGUGAAUCAUUUGUCACUAUCCGAUCUGCAACUGCCACAUGUUUAACUGUAUUUAAUGCCAGACGAGGUGGAGAACCAGUGCGGUUAUACGUAUUUCAGUGGAAUGAGGCUUUAAAUAAACAAGAUCUGCCUGAAGAAUUUGAUAUUGAGCUAAUGUUUAUCACUUAUCAAACAGGAAAAGGUUCGGAUCACACAGUUCCUGUUUUUUUCCACCAGAAUGCAUAAAAGCAAUGCGAUAUCUGACAAACAAAGAAGUUAGGAAAAAUGCUGGAAGUACCCAAAAAAGCAUGAGCCAUGCUUGUGGUUGGCAUUGCAUAAACAAAAUAUUAAUUCGUUUAGAUAAAAAAGGUGCAAUUAAUGCCACCCAAAAUCGACAUCGUAUUGCUACAAACUUGGCAAAGCUGGAGCUAUCAGAAACAGAAAAAACUUUAAUUUAUAAUCACUUUGGACAUUCAGAAAGAAUUAAUCAAAAUGUUUACCAAGCUGCUCCUGAAUCCUUACAAAUAAAUACAACAGGCAAAAGACUAAGAGAUAGUCAAGAAGUGACCAAGGUUAAUCUAACUCCAUUCAAGUCAAUCAUUUCUAAUUCAGCUGAACAAGAUUAUAGCACUAUAGGAGAACAUGUAAAACCAACAGAUGAAAGUGAAAGUGGAAGAAAAAAGUUUUUUUCUUCAAAGAAGAUCCUAAAAAAUCUUUCCAUGAAGUUGAUUUUAUAAAGAUAUCUGGAAAUGAUAGUAAAGUGGAUGGUGAAAUAAAGAUUAAGCAAGUGCUAACACUUGAAAAAGAAAAGAUGAUCAACAAAAAGAAAAAUUUAACAGUUAAAAAAAAGUCAUGGAAUAAGUCUAGUAAAGUUGCGUUUAACAAAGAAUUUGCCUUUCACCUUAAAAAUAAUCGUGGAUAUCCAGGCCGUAAAGAA